GAGAGGAGGGGAGAGGAGCCCUGGACGGGAUGCAGGCACAGAGCAGCCGCGCGCCUGUCACUGCUGGUCAGCCCCUGCCUGCCCAGCUCUCCUCGCCCCGCUUCCCUUAUUCUCCAGCCCGGCUCCAGCCGAGGCGCACCGGGCUGCGUGCACCUUUCCCGCGGCGCCUCCUCUCCUCCUCCUCCCUCUGCAAAAGCUCGGGGGUCGGGCAAAGUUUGCAGGAGGGCAGGAGGCGGACUAACGAUGGCUCGGGGCGGCCUCCGCUGCCCGGCGGCAGGAAGCCGGGCGCAACUCUGGGCUCCGCUCUGGGGCUUCUGGACCGCCCUGGGGAUGCUCUGCUCGCCCGCCUCCCAGGCGUUCAACCUGGACGUGGACAAGCUCACCGUGUACAGCGGUCCCGAGGGCAGCUACUUCGGCUACGCCGUGGACUUCCACAUACCUGACCCGCGAACAGUGAGUAUCUUGGUAGGAGCUCCGAAAGCUAACACUAGCCAGCCGGAUAUAGUGGAGGGUGGCGCUGUCUACUACUGCCCCUGGCCGGCCACUGGGGAUGUUCAAUGCAAGCAGAUCCCAUUCGACACUACUAACAACAGAAAGAUCAGAGUCAAUGGAACCAAGGAACCUAUUGAGUUUAAAUCAAAUCAGUGGUUUGGAGCAACAGUAAAAGCUCAUAAAGGGAAAGUGGUGGCCUGUGCUCCAUUGUAUCACUGGAGAACACUCAAAGCUACCCGGGAAAAGGAUCCUGUUGGCACCUGCUAUGUAGCAAUUCAGAACUUCAGUGCGUAUGCAGAAUACUCUCCUUGUCGGAACAGCAAUGCUGACCCUGAAGGCCAAGGUUACUGUCAAGCAGGCUUCAGUUUGGAUUUUUACAAGAAUGGAGAUCUGAUAGUAGGAGGACCUGGAAGUUUUUACUGGCAAGGCCAGGUGAUUACAGCCAGUAUUGCUGACAUCAUCGCCAAUUACUCAUUCAAGGAUAUUCUAAGAAAACUAACUCAAGAAAAACAAACUGGAGUCGCUCCAGCGUCCUAUGAUGACAGCUACCUUGGAUAUUCAGUUGCUGCUGGAGAAUUUACUGGAGAUUCUCAGCAAGAAAUCCUAGCUGGUGUUCCACGAGGUGCUCAGAAUUUUGGCUAUGUUUCAAUUAUCAAUUCAACGGAUAUGACCUUUAUUCAGAAUUUCACUGGGGAACAGAUGGCAUCUUAUUUUGGAUAUGCUAUUUCAGUAUCAGAUGUCAACAACGAUGGCCUGGAUGAUGUAUUGGUUGGAGCCCCUCUCUUCAUGGAGCGUGAAUUCGAGAGCAGCCCUAAAGAAGUGGGGCAGGUUUACCUUUACUUACAAGAAAGUCCUUUGCUCUUCAGAGAUGCCCAGAUCCUUUCAGGAACUGAAGUGUUUGGGAGAUUUGGAAGUGCUAUCACCCAUUUGGGAGAUCUGAACCAAGAUGGAUACAAUGACAUUGCAGUUGGUGCACCAUUUGCCGGAGAUGGUGGAAAAGGCAAAGUGUUCAUUUACAAUGGGAAUGCCGAAGGGUUAAACCAGAAACCUUCACAGAUUCUGAAUGGAGCCUGGGCCUCCCAGGCAAUGCCUUCGGGAUUUGGCUUUACUCUGAGAGGUGAUUCAGACAUAGACAAGAAUGAUUACCCAGAUUUAAUUGUGGGUGCCUUUGGAACUGGAAAAGUGGUUGUUUAUAGAGCAAGGCCAGUUGUGACAGUGGAUGCCCAAUUGCUGCUGCACCCAGUGAUUAUCAACCUUGAAAAUAAAACCUGCCAGAUUCCUGGCCUUGCCGCAUUGGUGCCUUGCUUUACUUUGAGAGUGUGUGCAUCUGUAGAAGGUCAGAGCAUUUCAAACACAGUAGCUCUGCUAGCUGACGUGCAGUUAGAUUCAUUGAAACAGAAGGGAGCCAUUAAGAGGACCCUCUUCAGGGAUAACCAUCAGUCACAACUUGUCUUCUCUCUAGUGAUAAACCAACAUCAAUCCCUGCAGUGCCAGGACUUCAUUAUUUACCUCCGAGAUGAAACUGAAUUCCGAGAUAAAUUAUCUCCAAUCAACAUUAGCUUGAAUUACAGUUUGGAUGAAUCCACUUUUGAGGAAGGCCUUGCUGUGAAACCAAUACUGAACUUCUACCGGGAAAACAUUGUUAAUGAGCAGGCUCACAUCCUGGUGGAAUGUGGAGAUGACAAUAUGUGCAUUCCUGACUUGAAACUUUCAGCUAGACCAGAUAAGCAUCAGCUGAUCAUUGGAGAUGAAAAUCACCUAAUGCUCAUCAUAAAUGCAAGGAAUGAAGGGGAAGGGGCCUAUGAAGCUGAGCUCUUUGUGGUAAUACCUGAAGAAGCAGAUUACAUUGGUAUUGAACGAAACAACAAGGCUCUGCACCCACUGAGCUGUGAGUACAAGAUGGACAACGUAACCAGAAUGGUGGUGUGUGAUCUGGGGAACCCUAUGGUGGCUGAAACAAAUUCCUCGCUAGGCCUCCGAUUUGCUGUACCUCGACUUGACAAUACCAAUACAAGCAUUGACUUUGAUCUCCAAAUCAGAAGUUCCAACAAAGAUAAUCCAGACAGCAACUCUGUGAGCUUGCGAAUCAACGUCAGUGCUACGGCUCAAGUGGAGAUAAGAGGAGUAUCCCAUCCACCACAGAUUGUUCUGCCAAUUCAUAAUUGGGAGCCUGCAGAAGAACCCCACAAAGAAGAAGAAGUUGGACCAUUAGUGCAACAUAUUUAUGAGCUGCACAACAUCGGACCCAGUACUAUCAGCGAAACACUUCUGACCGUGGGGAUGGGCCAGAACUCUGCAAGAGAAGAGUCUCUUCUAUAUAUUUUUGAUAUUCAGACCCUUGGGCCACUGCAGUGUCGAACAAAUCCUGCCAUCAACUCACUGGGAAUAAAGCCUGCAGCCUCCCAAGAGGACACCCCUGCCCUCAGUGCCUUUCUGCGGAAUUCUAGCAUUCCUCAUCUUGUCAGGAAGAGACAUGUCCCAGUGGUAGAGAUUCACAGACAAAGUCCUGCAAAAAUACUGAACUGCACAAAUAUUGAGUGCUUGCGAAUCUCUUGUGUGGUUGGAAGAUUAGAAGGAGGCGAGAGUGCAGUCCUGAAGGUCAGAGCUCGCUUAUGGGCCCAAACUUUUCUCCAGAGAAAAAAUGACCCCUAUUCACUUGCUUCCAUUGUGUCCUUUGAAGUGAAGAAGAUGCCAUAUAAUGACCAGCCAGCGCAACUUCCAGAAGGAAAAGUAGCAAUUAGAACAUCAGUCAUCUGGGCAACUCCAAAUGUCUCCUUCUCAAUCCCAUUAUGGGUUAUCAUAUUAGCUAUCCUUCUUGGAUUACUGGUCCUCACCCUUUUGACCUUAGCCUUAUGGAAGUGUGGAUUCUUUGACCGAGCAAGACCUCCCCAGGAUGAUUUGGCUGACAGGGAGCAAUUAACAAAUGACAAGGUUCCUGAUGCAUGAAGAAAAAAAAAGAAUGCAAAAAAAAUCCAACAACCCAAUUCAAAAGAAAGAGACUGAAGCCAGCCGCCACAGAACCAGUGGGCACCAUGUUGAUGCUAUUCGAAUUCUCCAGUAUUUUGAGAACUCUCCAUAUGAUGAGCAUAAUUCUUUUGGGAAAGGACCUUCAUCAAAACACACCCAUUGUUGGGGAGAGUUUUGUUGUUGUUUUGUUCCCAUCUUUCUAGAUUUCUUAGAUACUUAGGACUGUGCGGGAUGGCUUAAAUAGCUUUCUAGAUAAACCCAACUUAAGUUGCAAGGAUGAAAUUCCUGAGUUGCUGUAGAAUCUAGAAGGUGGACUAGGGCACAACUCUUUGAACACUACUGUAUCAAGCAGAUUAUUUGACACCUCCCUAUGGAAAAGAAACAUUGCUUCUGAAACUAUGGCUCAGGGAGACAAGCAAUAUGUUGUUGGUACUGUGAAAGUACUUUUUAAAACUACAAGGAGAAACUUGUAAGUGGGGGUAGUGAGUUAUUUAUUUUUUCCACCUCUGUAGUUUGACAUCUGGAAUGUCAGAGGACAUGGAUAUCAGGAUGUCAAUAUCCAUUUUGGGAAAUCAUUUGCUCAAUUCACAAAGAAGAAAAAAGUACAAUGUGCAAAGAUGUCAUUCCACAAAAAUGUUUCUUUAGAGAAGUAGCAGAAUGUAUACAGUAUUGUAGAGAGAAGAAAAUCAAUUCUAAGACUCAGUUGCACACAAUACUGUAUUUCCUUGUACCUGCCAGCAUUAGCUUUAUACCCACUAUCCAGGGAUUCAUGGCUGCCUAAAUAAGCGUCACCAAAUGCUGCAUAUUUUUUCUUGUAUUAUUUUCUUCCCCUUGUACUUUCAGUCAUAUCGGUUCAUAAUGUCUUGAUACUGCAAAAAACUCUCUUCAUUGUGUGUGUGUGUGUGUGUGUGUGUAUGUAUGUGUGUGUGUGUGUGUGUGUGCGCUUAAGUUAUAGUACUACAUCAACAUUUCAAAAAUUCUUUCCUUUGGUGUAGGAAUUGCCUCCAACUACUUAAAGCACAACUCUGCUUUCAUAAACUGUUUUCUUGAGUUACUAAGGCAAAAAUGUUUCUCUCUUGAUGGCUACCAUCCCAAUAGUGAAUCUUUCCAUGCUUACUAAGGCUAGUCCUAGAAUAACAACACAUUAUCCAUGUUGUUGUUAUUUAUCCUUCAUUCUCAAAGAGGAUCAUGACAUCAGGGGGCAGUCAUGAUUUGCAGUGAAUUGGAUUUAAGUGAGGGAGGGCUGUGCAAGGUCACCAACCUCCCUUACUCCUUCAGAGCCAUCUGGGUCCAGUGGCAAGAUAUAUAUCAGGACUAGUGGAGACCAUCCAUGUGUAGGCCUGUGCAGAAAACCUUUUUAGCUUGACUAAACCUGCCAGAUCUUGAAUUCUACUGCUGUAGCCUUUGAGAAACCCAGUUCACUUCCAAACCAAGAAGAGCCUUCAUAGUAGGGUUUCAGUGAAGAAUUGUUUAUUCUUAUUUUUAUUUUUACUAACUUAAUAGUAAGUAAUGUUAAGAUGUCAACAAUGGUAAUUCAGUAGUAAAGUAGAUUUCAUCAUUGUGGGAUUCAUGCCACUGGCAAGAAUUAGUAAAUUAAUUGGGGAGGAGGCAAUGAACAGCCUGCAUAGACCAAGUAUUUCAGUCUAUUUAAGGAAGGUUUGGAAACUACAAUGAUAUUUGCGUGGUUUUUUUAAUUUAAAUAUCUACUUUUACUACCACCUUGUAUAAUCAACACAUAGAAAACAUAUAUCAGCCAUGAAUAGAAAGAAAGCAUAAAACAAUACAGACCUGGUAUAAACAUAGGAAGAAAAGUGUCUCUUGAAAAAUUCUGUAGAAGUAAUACUUUCUCAGCUAGAUCUCCAAAUUCUGUACUAUUUUGCUGUUUACUUUUGAAGUUAGCUUGAAUAGCUCUGAGUAUCAAAGAAUCCAUUCAUUAAACUGUUUUUUCUGUAUUCAUUUCGAAUUGAAUGCCUACCAAAAAACCCUGAUUUUUAAAAACCUACAUGUAAAUGUUUUAUCAUAAUGUAUAAUACCGUCAUUGAUAAACUAGGAUUAACCAGCCAAAUUAAUUCACAUCAUCUGCACAAUUUUGUAUUAUUUUUAUUAUAUUGAAAUAUCACUUUUAAGAAAUACAAAUUUUACGUGCAAUACUUUGUAUACAUAUGUAUCUGUAGCAUGUUUACACUGGCAUUAAUUUUUUGUUUGUUUUAUAAAAAAAAAUCUUCUGAAAUAUAUUGAUGAAACAAGUAUAACAGACAAGGAUGACAGAAAGCCUUGAGUUUGCUAUGCAAUUGGAAAAUUUGUAUCACAAUUUGAACACUCACACUUUAUUUGAAAGAUGAGCCAAAGUUGCAGAUACUGUUUUAUUUUUUAAAUCAUUCCUUGGCCUGGCAGGGAGCCAUUUGGCUACAGCUGUAAAAUUUCAUUAGAAACCAAAUGAGAGGCACAUGGAGAAACUCACUGUUGCUUUGAGCAAAAGGAUUAUUUCAUAUCUCUCCUGCCUUGUAGAGUCAACUCUCCAUGGUAGUUGUCUCAAGUGCUCUCCUGUCCAGAAGUCAAGUUGAGUUUCCAGUGUUUCUGAAUUAAAAUUACAACAGCAUUAAGGAGUCUUAGGGUUUUAAAGCAUCCCCUAAGGGAUUGUAGGUGUCAGUUAUAGUCUCAGAGCCUUUAUUGAAGAGUUCUUCACCUUCUAGAAACAGGGGCUCCUGACCUAGUGACAGCUACAUCAUGUGAAUGCCAAAGUGUAUCUCCACAGGUGCCUGCUUUUGUGCCUGGAAUCCCACUCUAGAUAUGCCUUCUUUCGACUAAAAAAAGCUUUUCUGUCUCCAAGGACCCUCAUGAAAAUGUGGAUGCUGGGAUGAGUAACUCCUCAGAAGAUAUUUCAGAUAUCUAAGAGUAGUGCCUUGGCACAAGCCAUAUGGACUCUUUGGGAUUAAUUUGUUUAUUUGGCAAAAUGAGGAGACCCUAUGACUAAGCAAUAAUAAUAGUAACAAUAAUAAGUUGUUAAAAUGUGAUACCUUAUCUCAUUUGACCCUCACAACUACUCUGUGAGGUAUGCUGUGCACAUAUUGUCACUGUUUUGUUUUGUUUUGUGGGGCAAUGGGGGUUAAGUGACUUGCCCAGGGUCACAUAGCUGGAUUUGAACUCAGUUACUCCUGAAUUCAUGGCCAGCGCUUUAACCACUGCGCCAUCUAGCUGCCCCGUCACUGUUUUACUGAUGAAAAAACUAGUUUGGAAAACAUCCCCAAAUCACAUUCCAACUCUCUGGUGCCUCCCACCUCUAACAAUCUAUGAUUUUGUAACUGAUGACUCCCUGGGAGAUGGCAGAACUGUGCUCAGAGAAAAGUGCUCAGAAGGGGAAGUAAGAGCACAUUGACUUUGCUGUGGGAUAUCCCUAUUUAGAGAAAAUUGAAGGCCUCUUACUGGCAGAUGAACAUUGCCAUUGAAAUGUUGUCUCCUAAGGAGUAGACCACAGAAUGGUGUCAUGGGUAUACAUGAUCCCCAUCUAUCAUUUCCAAAUAUGGAAAUGAGAAAAGCCAGCAUAGAAAAAGAGGAUCAAACAAAAUGAAGUUGAAUCAGCCCAGAACAGCAUUUAAUAGGAAUGCAUUCCCUAUACAGAACAUUAGGCUGAGCAAUGAAUUUGUUUUCCUUAUUAUAGUGAUGUCAAUGGCUUGAAAAUCUUUAACAUGCAUGUACAAGAUAAUUUUCAUACUUUUUUUUCAAUCUUGCAGCUAAUUUAAAGGCACAAAAAAAUGGGCAGAUUAAGUUUUAUAAACUUUGGAAAGCCCAUAAGCAUGAAAAGUAGAUAGUUUGCAAAACAGGAAAAAACAUUAUGUUGCCAUUGAAACCCCAUGCUAAGAAUUCAAUCACCAUUAAAUAGAUAUGUGUAUAUUGGCUAUGGUUUCCAUGUACUUAUUUACCUUGUCACAAAUAAAAUACCAGGUAAAAGACA